ACACAACAUCAUUAGGCUACCUAAACCAAGUGAAGGAAACAUUAGCAAAAAAGAAAGCAAAGAAGGGGGAAAAAAAGGAAGCUUAACGGAUGAAUUACGCCACCGCAGUUACUGCACAUCUAAUAUAUAUAAUUACAACUCCACCCAGAAAAUGAUAAAGAGCUACAGAUCGAGAUAACAAUACUCUAAUAAAGCUAAUCAUAUCUGUCAUCGGGGCACGUCAGGUUGCUGCGUGCUUAUAUAUAGAGAGAGAGAGAGAGAGAGCCAGCCUGAACAUCGUAUAUGCACACACUUAAUCAUUUCGAAGGAUGGACAGCAGCAGUACGAGUGCAGAUCGGGAAGUAGAGCAACAACGACUAGGGACGGCUUGGAUUUUGCAUCACCACUCUAUCGCAGCCGGCGAUGGCUACUCCUCAUCAAUGCAAUCAUGUCCCUACUACGUCCAGAGUCCAUUAUCAUCGACCCUCGACGACGUCGCCGUCAAAGCUUCCGACGAGGAAGAUGAACAUGAUGGUGAUGGUGGUGGAGAGGAGGAGUAUUACUAUGAAAAGAUGAGACCAUCUUCCGACCAAGGCGGCGGCGUUUGGAGGAGGUGUUUUUCCUUCAGUAGGAGUUCUUCCUGUUCAUGGAUUUCGGUGCAGUUAUUAUGGAGGUUUUUGGUUAGUUUCGGGCUGGCUCUCCUUGUGUUCUACAUUGCUACCAAGCCACCUCCUCCCAAGGUUUCAGUCGAAGUAGCAGGAAUGAGUGAAUUUCAGCUAGCAGAAGGAGUGGACUCAACUGGUGUGACAACUAAGAUCCUCACCUGCAAUUGUUCGCUGGAUGUAUUAAUAAAGAACAAGUCCAAACUCUUUGGUCUUCAUGUUCAUCCCCCGAUUCUUGAAUUGUCAUUUGGACAUCUCCUCGUCGCCAUGUCUCGCGGCUCCAAAUUUUACGCUGAAAACCAUGAUUCGACGUCCUUUCGACUUUAUGUUGGGACGAGGAGCAAACCAAUGUAUGGAGCUGGAAGAAACAUGCAGGAUUUGAUGGAGUCAGGGAGAGGGUUGCCGAUAGUGGUAAGAGUGAGGCUAAGCUCUUACUUCCGGGUUGUGUCCAACAUUAUUCGGCCCAAGUUCCAUCACAAGGCGGAAUGCAUGUUACUUCUAGACAAAACUUAUGACAAGAAACAUCAGACUCAGACAUUUCGAAGCUCCUGUAUAGUCUCGUGAUUAUUUACAUAUGUUUAUUGCAGAUGUAAGUUGAUGUAUGCACGCACGCAUCGGGAAACAUGUUACAUGUCUUUGCUGAUUGUUUUCAUUUCAGAACACUUGGUGGGAAGGAGUUUGUAUGCUUGUGAAUCAAAAGAAACAAGAAGCUGUUAGCAAGUAUCGAAACACUCUCAACCAAUGUAUACGAAAACAAAGAAGAAAACAAGACACGAGGUUUUACGUGGUUUCUCCAAGAUCGGGACUAGUACACGGGAGAACUAGAACUCUCCGACACUUAGGCGUUUGCAAGUAUCAAAACAUUAAUUUAGGUGUUAUCAAACUCCCCCACACUUAGGCGUUUGCUUGUCCCCAAGGAAACCUACUCAGACCUAAUGCAACAUGAUAGACAAAUCAAUGGGAAUGCACUCUAGUUCUUCAUUGCAUAAAGGAGAGUAGACGGAGAUGAAUCACUAAAAGGUAUUUUGUACCUAGCUCUCCCCCACACAUGUCGGGUACAAACGAGAGCUAUGAGGUCUCAUGAAUCACUAAAAGGUAUUUUGUACCUUGGCAUAAGAUUCCUUAAAGAAGAAAGAUACUUGGUGGAUGGUAAGUAGUGAAAGAUGGUCGGGACGCGGUAAAGCUAUCCAAUCCCCAAGCAUAUCCUCAAAGGAACUCCGAAUCCGUGAGGAUUGGUUGCCUCACACGUGAGCCUCAAUUUCAAAAGAUGUUUCACUCUUUUCUAAUACGCACAAACUUGUAAAUGUUUUGAGUUCACUAUACACAAAACAGAAUCUCGCACACAUGUUCUUCCUAAAAUAGCACUUAUUAUCGACUCACAAAAGAGGAAGAAGAUAAUAAAAUUACACACACCGGUACUCUAAUCAUGCAACUAUCACCUAGCGAACACACCACAUCAAUCAUCUAACAAAUCAAAACAUAUUGAGUAGGGAGUUCCAAGGAACAAGGUGUUUUGGAACCCUCCAAUUUGAAAAAAAUUGGGUAAUAGUAUUCAAGGUUCCAAAACACUAUCAUUCGACUAUUGAUCACCACAACACAAACACAAUCACUAGAACACACUCCCAUAAGUAUUCACCAAUGUCUUACAAAUGUCUUACAUUUAUAAACAAGGGAGGAUUCUAGCAAUAUAUGGUUCAACCAAUCAUGAUAUUCAUUCAAACAUUCAUACACAUCCCCCCACACUUCAGCAACACAUUGUCCUCAAUGUGGGAGUUUUAUAAGAGAAGAUCGUGAGGGUUACCAUAGGUUCUGGCUGUGGGUUGGUGAAGGUACACAAGUGUACGUGACUCGCUAUGACACAACACCAAACUGCGACCAAGUGUAAUCGCAGAAUGGAAAUGCAGUAUAGUGGGAUCAAGUAAUAAAGUCAAGUCAGGGCCUAGAUGUACUGCCUACUCCAUGAUUAUCUAUUAUCUAGCGGGGAAAGUUUAAUAAGAAUGAGUUUAAACUAACGAAAAAAGAAAGCAGUAAACUGUUCGGUUUCUGAAGCAAGAGAAGAGUCACUCGGGAAUGAGUCCCCCUAGAUCCUUAAUUAGGUUCAAGUUUUUAUUCCAUUUGGUUGAUUCACUAUUGAUUAAACUGUCGAAGAUCCGAAAGUAGCUUGGAAUCUCUUAAGCUGACCAAGCCCUCUUAGACAGACUAUCUGGCAGACGACUAGCCUUCACCAGGAUAGAAUGCUAAGACAAUUCACACAGAUUCCACUACUAGAAAUGGAUUCCAGUACAAAGCAGUGAAUUGAGCGACUCUCAUACAGUCAAUUCACUCUUAAUCAAUUGAAGAAGCUCUAACGACCUGAUCAUAUUCUAUCUAUCAUAGGUUGAAGCAUAAAUCAAGAGAAGUUGAUCAGGAUACAAUUGACGCAAUAAACACCCUUCAAUCGAUUAAAACCAAUCAGCAUUUCAUCCUAAAAGUCAUUACGAGCAAGAUCCCUAACACAUGGAACUAGGAUUCUUCAUGGAAAAAAUCCUAAAAUACACAUGUUUUUAAAAA